CUGUCACUUGGUCAAUCCACUCGUAUCGUUCGACCUUCUAGCGUCGGAGAGUGACAGUAUUGCAAUAUUCAACUUUAUCCCUAUGUAUAUUUUUUGAAAAAUCAAACCUUUCUCUCUUUCUCACACACACACACACACUCUCUCUCUCUCUACCUCUAUUUAUUUAUUUUCCUCCGCAAUGAAUUUCCUAUUUGUUCUAUCAGUGAUCAGUUGCGUAAUUCUCGGUGCCAAUGGUGCAAGAAUUUUGGCGUUGUUCCCGCAUCAAGCGAAAAGUCACUACAACGUGUACGAGCCACUGUUGAAGAAACUCGCGGAGAAAGGCCAUCAAGUAGUGUCAGUGUCGUCUUUCCCCCAGAACAGGCCACUGACUAAUUUCACGGACAUUGACAUAAGCUCGAGUCUACCAAGCUUGGUCGGUACCAGGACGAUACCAAGUUCGUUUAAGCCAUCUAAAUGGGUGAGAUUGAGGGGAGUGCUUUCACUUGGCAUGUCAACGUGCGACCCCGUGCUAAAUUAUCCAGCGUUGAAGAGACUUGUGCGGUCCGAAGAGAAGUUCGACGCGUGCAUCAUCGAACUUUUCAACACCGAAUGUUUCCUCGGCAUCGUUCACGCUUUGAACAUACCGAUCGUGGUCGGGGCGACUAGCAGCGUGACGCUGCCAUGGACGAGCGACAUCGUGAGGAGUCCCGAAAUCCCCAGCUACAUUCCGAACUGGAUCGGCAGCCUAACAGAUCGGAUGAGUUUCUUCGAGAGAUCUGCCAACCUUCUCGACUUUUUGCUCACCAAGUUUGCGUAUAGAUACUUAUCAGACAAGCCAGGUUACGAAAUCGCGAAGAAACACUUCGGCGACGAUCUGCCCGAUUUCGACGCUCUACGAUCGAAGAUAUCAUUGAUAUUAACGAACGGACACGUAGCUGUUAACACGCCGCGAGCGCUAGCACCGGGACUGAAGGAGCUGGGUGGCAUUCACAUACCAGCGUCGGGCCCACCGGCGUUGCCCAACGAUCUUCAAGAUUUUCUUGACUCGCACUGGGAAAACGGUGUUAUUUACUUUAGCCUAGGAUCGCAAAUAGACUCGUCCACCAUGGCGGCGCAGGCGUUAGAAGGUUUUUACAGAGCGUUCGAGCAAGUACCGCAGCAAAUACUGUGGAAGUGCUCCGCGGAGAAAAUGCCCACGCUGCCCAGGAACGUUAAGUGCAUCGAAUGGGCGCCCCAGCUCGCCAUAUUGUGUCACCCGAACGUGCGGCUGUUUAUCACACACGGUGGAUUGCUGGGGAGUCAAGAGGCAGUUUAUUGCGGGGUACCGCUUCUCGGUAUACCCCUGUACGGAGAUCAGCACUUGAACGUGGCCUACUUCGUGAAAAAGGGGCUGGCUCUGGGCCUGGAUUACCGUCAACUUUCAUACAAGCUAAUAUCGAACGCUUUGAACGAGCUACUCCUGAACAAGAGCUACACGGACAUGGCAGCCGAAGCUUCUUCGCGGUUCAAAGACCGACCGAUACCACCUUUGGACGAGGGAGUUUACUGGAUAGAAUAUUUACUUCGUCACGGGCCGGAUUCGUUGAAAAUAGCAGCUGCCGAUUUAACGUGGUAUCAGUAUCUGUUGCUGGAUGUCGUGUCCGCGAUGGUAGUCUCAACUCUGGUUGCAAUUUGGAUAGUCUGCAAGUUGUUGAAGCUACUGUUUCGCCGGAGAGGAACAACAUCGGUGAACGUUGAGAAGAAACGAUCGUGAAUCGUUCUCAUACCGAGCGACUCGAAAACAAUUCACUCGAGUUAUUCGUCCAAUUAAACUUCACGCAGAUGACAUUGUGCCCCGCGUCGAUGUGUACAUUUGUUUCUUAA